AAGUGCGACCCAAUUUUCUCUCUAGGUCUAGGGUUCGAAUCCUGCUCUCCCCUUGUUUUUCCGUGUUUUUUCCCGUCGUCUUCGAUCUUCAUCUUCUUCCUCCAGAAACUUUCUGCAGAUCUUUUCCUCAGUUUCUUUGAUUCUCUUUGCCCGAUUUUCACGAUGAACUCCAUGGAUCCAGAUCAGCUUCCCCCUCCUAAUCCCAGAAAGGUUAGGUUUGCACCGAAAGCCCGUCCUCGCAGGACACCGAAGCCUGCAGCGGAUCCCAAAACUGAAAUAGUGGAUGAAGAUACCGGUGAUGACGAAGAAGCAGUCCUCUCUCUCCGCCGCUUGGUCAAAGACCGUCUGGGGAAACGAGGACCUAAAGUUGAAAAGAAGCCUUCUGUGCAAGUUGCAUUUGCUCAUGGCUCUUCAUCAGCUACCAUAAGGUCGUAUGGCGUACCUAGGGAAGGAAAUAGUAGUAAAAUCAACGGUUUGGGUUCAAGAGAUUCCGCUGUUGAUGACGAGCAAAUCCUCUUUUCUUUACCUUCAACUGGUGAACCAUAUGGAACAAGUGGUAUUUCUGAAAAUGCUUUGGUUGCAACAUCUCGAAAGAUAGAGAAAGACUACAGAGAACCUUGGGAUUAUCACCACAGUGACUAUCCCAUUACCCUUCCUUUGAGAAGGCCUUACUCUGGAGACCCAGAGCUUCUUGAUGAAGCAGAAUUCGGGGAUGCUGCGGAUAAUUUGGAGUAUGAUGAAAAUACUAUAAAUUCGGCAUUGGAGCUUGGGCUGAUGGAGGAAACUGACAAACCACAGAUGCUAUUUCUCCAAUUUCCUCCUAAUCUGCCCCUACCAAAGCGAUCAGCUGGUGCAGAUGGAAACGAGAGCAAAGGUGCCUCAGCCAGUGCAAAGGGGAAAGAAAUAGCUGGCAACUCUAAAUCAAGAGGCAGUACUGGUGCUUCAGCUGCUGUGAAGGGCAAAGAGAUAAUGAGCAGCUCUCCUAUGCCCCUGGAGAGAGGGAACGCUUCAAAGAUGCAUUGCGGCUUGGAAGGUUUGCCUGGAGGAUACAUGGGAAAGAUGUUGGUUUACAAGAGCGGAGCAAUCAAGUGGAAGCUCGGAAAUGUCGUCUAUGAUGUAUCACCGGGUCUAAACUGUGUAGCUGCUCAAGAUGUUGUGGCAAUCAACACCGUUGAUAAAAACUGUUGCGCUCUUGGGCAACUGGGCAAGCGGGCUGUUGUAACUCCUGAUAUCGAUUCCCUCUUGGACAACAUUAUUGACUUGGAUUAGAUCCUACCACAAGAUAGCCAGCAAUUUGACCACGUAAAGUUGUAAAGACUACUACUAACAUGAUGGCAAUGGUAUAGUGCUGUAUAUUCGAUACAUUCUAGUAGAAAUUUUAGGAAGAUAUGUAGCCGAAGUAACUGAAAAUACAGACAUGUUAGUACCUAAGAUUGCUCUGUUUAAGUGUAGGAAUAUUCUUGCACUCAAAUUUCUCCAUGAAAGAUCAGUUAACCCACCAAUUACUACAA